UUUGAGGAUAAGACGAGUGGCCGGAUUUGCUUUCCUCUGAGUUGCCUGUUCCUGUACGCGUUUAUGGCGGACCCGGACCCGAGUCCGCUAGCUCGUGUGCUUUUGCAGCAGUGUCUGCACGCGCAGCUACAGGUGAAGCCUGCCGAGCCGGGCGCCGAAGCCAGAUGGGUAGAGAUCCAACGUGGUCUUAUAAUCUAUGUAUGUUUCUUCAAAGGGGCCAGUGAAGACAUUCUUCCCAAAAUGGUCAAUACACUCCUGAAUGUGAAAUUAAGUGAAAGUGAAGGUGGCAAAUAUGUUUCUGUUUUGGAUUUGCCAGGCAGCAUACUUGUAAUACCACAAGCCACACUGGGUGGUAAAUUGAAAGGAAGAAGCAUGCAAUAUCAUGCCAACAUUGAAAAGGAAAUUGGGCUAGAACUCUAUUCCCAGUUUGUGAUUCAGUGUGAAAGACAACUGGCUGCUAAUGCCGAAUGUGCAGAAGCUGGUGUAGUCCUGAAGUAUGGCACGUAUGGAAACCGACAAGUAUUGAAAGUAGAUACAAAUGGACCUUUCACUCAUCUGAUUGAGUUUUGAGAAAUAUGUGUUCUGGGGAAGAAAUGGUGACCUGAAAACGGCUCCACUAAAAGCAGAUCCUGUGGCCGCAGCAGAAUGAAGAGCUGGCGAGUAGACCGGCUCUUCAUAAUUCCUCUCCUCAUAAUUCCUCUCCGGAGAAGGAGAGGACUUGAGAUCACCCACAAGUACUCUAGAUAGUUGCUCCUCGUGAGGAGACCACAAGACAGCUGGCCGAUGUCUUAAUAAGUAAAAGGGAUAUACAAAUAACAAA